UCCUUCUUCUCUUUCCUUACAUUAGCUAGCUAGCUGGUAGUCAGUGUUUUGGUUAAAUGCAUGCAAAAGUGGUCCCUCCAGAGAAAAGCUCAAGUGAUCGUAUCUUCAUAUAUUUCAGACAGUUCGUGUGAGCUCUUCUACAAGAACAUUAGCAGGAAGCACGCAAGUGUGAAGACCAUGGUGGUGAAUCUCUGCCUGCCACAUUUCAAGACCACCAUCCAGUGUGACAAGCUGUGUGCAGAUGGGUAUGACGUCACCAACCUCCUAUCGGCUGACCCAGCAGUCCGGAGGCGGGGUUUUAAGCUGGAGUACUUCCUUCGGCCACCCGUUCAGGUGACACUGCAGUUUGGUUUCCAGGUGGAAGUGUGUCGGGUGGAUGUGGAGCUGUGGCCCUGGGGGAUGGACCGUGGACAGGCCUGCAAGAGGCUGGAGAUCAGCACCAGCUCUGAUCCCCCACUCCCUCACAACCACAGCCUAGAGCAGGGCCAAAGUCAGGUCCAACAAGGCCAAGAGAAGGGCCAGCAAUGGGACCAAGCCAAGGCCCAAUUCAAAGGCCACCAAUGGAGCCUCCAGGCCCAACAAUGGAGCCAACAAGGCCAGGAGAAGAGCCAGCAAUGGGCCCAACGUGGCCAAACUCAGAGUCACACAGACACCAGCCAGGGGGAUUUCCGCCUAGUGGGACGCUGUGAACUAAGAGAAGAGACCCAUGUCAGUUUCUCCCAUCCCUGUUUCCGCCCGCGCCCUCCAUUCCCCUCCCUGCCACCGCCCCCCCGAGAGGGGUGUAGACAAGAGGAACUGUGGAGCAGGGGGCCGCUCUCACUAGGCUCUGUGAAGCAACUCCGUGUGUCAGUGCCAUAUGGUGCGGGUGCCUCUGCGAUGGGGCUCAAGGCACUGGCAGUGUGGGGGCUGCCUUCUCGCUGCUGUCCUCCAGAGGAGGCGGAGAGGGUGAGAAUAGCACAUGAGAAUGCUACCCUGAGACCAGCGCCACAGCUUAGCCACUUGGCAUCAGCGCAGCCUUCACCUGUCGUUCAACCACAGCCACUGUCACAGACGACAACAGCAACUAGCCUCCUGCAGGUCCCUGAGGAUUUCCUGGACCCCCUGACCCAGGAAGUGAUGCUGCUCCCUAUGCUGCUGCCCAGCGGAGUGUCUGUGGACAGCUCCACUCUGGAAGAGUACCAGAGGAGGGAGGCUACCUGGGGUCGUGUCCCCAACGACCCCUUCACCGGUGUCCCCUUCAUCCCUGAGGCACAGGCCCUCCCCAACCCCCACCUGAAGAGCCGCAUCGACCGCUUCCUGCUUCAGACAGGGUUAGAGGUCAGGGAGGGGAUGGUGGGGAGGCAGGUCCAGGGGGAGAGUCCGCACACCUCCAGGCUCAUACCCCCACAGAGGACUGGGGACAGUGGGGACUCUGCUGUCACUACUGCUGCUGCUGCUAUAGAGUCAGCCAACCACCAGGGUGCACUUAGCAGGAACAGUGGGACUCUCACACAGACUACCCAAAAACGUGCAGAAAGUGUAAAUACUGAGAGGAGCCACUCUACACAGCACAGGGGAACCGGAGCUUUUAACAACAGGGUGAAGAAUGGGAAUGGGAAGGACCGGUGUGCUGGUAAAGUUGGUUGUAAAGAAGGGCUAGUGGAUAGAGUGAGUCCCCAGGAUGGGGGGCCAGAUUUGGGGAGUAGGAGGAAGAGAGAGCUGGAGGUUUGGGCCACUCUGAUCCGCUCUAAGGGAAAGGGUGAGCCCCCCACGGCCAAAGCAGCCUCUGCUAGUGCUGGUCACGCCAAGGAGCUACUUCCUGACUCGAAAAGACUAAGAACAGACACAAACUCCACUAUCUCCACAGGUAAGUGGUACAUUGGUGUUGACAAUUCAAAAAGCGUGAGAGCAAAACAUCGAGGCAUUCAUUCUCUUGCUAGUUCAAAGGCCUUUAUUGAAGGUUGGAUCUAUCAAAUAUUUGAAUGUGUCACUCAUGAGUGUUGCUGUGUUAUUCCUUUUGUUCCAGCCACCGUUCCCAGCGGUAGCUCCAAUGAGCAUUGUUCGUCUGCCAGUCUAGACCAUGAGCAGCGUUUGUCUGCCAGUCUAGACCAGGCCCUUCUCUCAGCCCUGCAGGGCCGACCCUCCUUUACCUCCUACACCUCCCAAACCCCCCAGGUCCAACACAAACACACAGACACACCCGCUGACACCCCAACAGCUUUUCCUAUUUCUCUCCUUCCCCCCCUUCUCUCUCCCCUUCCCUUUCUCUCUCUCCCAGGUGAGAACAGGUGUGGUUCGUGUUCCUGCUCUCUGUCCGUCUACUCGACCUCUCCGUCAGCAUACCGCCUGCCCUGUGGUCACUUCCUGUGCCGCCCCUGCCUACACAGGAAGUCCCGCCCACUUGUCACCACAGCAAUGCCCAAUCACAUCCUAUGUCCCACCUGCAAUAUCCCUGCCUCUUCCAGUAACAUCACGCGCGUGCAUCACUGAAUGAAAAAGUGUGUGGCAUUAACCACUGAACAACCCUACUCACUGAAAACAUGUGUGUUGUUAACCACCACCGGACUCCCACUCACUGUACAUGCCUGUGCUCUUCACUGCAACUGUGAGGGGUGGACAUUGGACGAAACAGAUUACAAUGGGACUCUUUAUUAUCCCUUGGGCCUUGAUAAACAAAUCCACCUGUCUUGUGCUGCCCCUCUACCCCACUCCCCAACAGAAGUCAUUAAAACGUUUACAGACUAAA